CGCUAUAAGAGAUAGUAUGGUUAGUUUAAGUUUGAAGGGCAUGAAAGUAUGAGUUUAAAGUAAACACUUAAAAGUAAGAUUAAAAUCUUAAAAACUUGUAUCCUGUUGAUAACUUCAUAAAGAUGGUAACUGAGUGCAUAUAAUCCAACUGUUUGAGUGAACCGAUAUAAAUACCCUGCAAAAUGAUGCCUUUGCCAGUUAACGCCAAGCUAUCACCAAAUUUGUUUGUGUAAAGUUGAGAAGUCUACAAAAAUGGGGUUACUCAACAUCACUUUAAUUUUUAGCUUGUUCAUUAUCUGUUGUAAAGCGAGAAAUUGUGUUUUGGACAAUGGUCAAUAUACUGAUAGAAUUAAUAUUUAUGAUCCGAAGAUGGAUGAUAGCGCGGAUGUAUUUCUCGUAAUACCAACAACAAAUGUGCAAAGUGCUGAAAUAAAACCAAAUCAAGACCAUUCUUAUAUUGAUGUCGUGUAUUCGGAGAAUACAUUGACGUUUAGACCAUCAGCAGAAUUCAGAAGUAAUUGGGAAAAGGACACUGCAUACACCUCGAAUCCUCGAGUUAACUCAAAAUUUAUAUUAACAUGUGCAGAUGGUGGCAGUUAUGAGAUUGAAUACAUCCAAAGUAUAAAUGAUCUCAACACAUUUGACCCGGUGUUUGUUAAAGCCACAUAUGAUUUUAUAAUUCCCAUGCCGGUUGGUGGUGAUGUCGAUCUUACAAAUUUCGGUGAAGCCAUUUUCGUGACGGAUUACGAUGUUUCUAAUGAAGGAAUGAGUUUUACAAUUGAAGGAGACAAUGCUGAUUCACUCGUAGUGGAAUACAUUGGACGUAUCGAUUCAUCAGAUUCCAAUUGCGAAUCGACGUCUUCGAUGGGUAAAACAUACAAAGGAAUUUUAAAAACUAAGUCUCCACUUAGAUUAACCAAGGAUACAACUUAUACUAUUACUGCAACAGAUAAAGGCAAACCGAGUACCAAAAGUGGCACAGCUACACUUAAUAUUAUCAUCGAUGAAUUCGGAACUAUACCAUCUAGCCCUUCCUUUGAAACAGGGUUCUAUGAAGCUGAUUACGAUAAAAGUAAUCCUGACAAGCACUCGAUUACUUUAAAAAAAGUAAUUAAAGUGACGGAAGGUAUCACGACAAACAACAUACAAUUGAGUGGGGAACACGCAGGAAAUUUCGAGCACACUGUUAAGGACAAUGCUUUGGAAAUUACUUUAAAAGCAAAUUUACCAGAUGAUGUAAUCAAUUUCCAGCCAUUUGUUGCUUUAAGUAUCACCGCGUCAAUUGAUAACGCUGAAGUUGUAGCGACCACAUCCUUAAUCGUAAAUACACACAUGAAAAUCUGUUCUUAAUUUAAUGUUUAACAUUGAAGAAUACUAUAAGUUAGCUUCAAAUAAUAAUUUAGUGCUUAAUUCAAGAAUAUAUAUAUAUAAGUCAUACAUUCAAAUAUCAUACAAGCUUAUGCUCAGUCGAAAUAAAAAAUAUUCUUAAAUGAAGGGUGUACCUUCUUCUAAUGUA